GGUGGGCCGUGAGAGAGCCUAUCUGGGCACUGCGGUGAUCUCAGCAGGAGAAGGCUGUGGAAAAUAAACAUUACAGUACAACUUUUCAUGGCGAGAACGGCAUUCACUCACUGAUUCAUUUCAGUAUGGAAGAGUUUUUGCUACGUGCCAGAUCCAUGCUGGUGUCUGGAUCUGAGCUGCCUAAAGUCCAUGCUGUUCUGGGAAAUAACAGUGCGGAAGUUGACUGUGUAGCUUCCAUAUUGGGCUAUGCCUUUUUCCUACAGCAGACAGAGAAAACAGGUGAUCUCUGUGUGCCAGUCCUGAAUAGUCAAAGAUCGGAGCUCCACAUCCCAGAUGAGACCAGGGCAUUCUUGCGGCAGAGCUCUAUCUCUGAGUCCUCCCUCAUUUGGAGGGAUGAGAUUGACCUGCGUCAACUCAAUACUUCAGGAACACUGUCUUUAACUCUUCUGAGCAAUAAUGUGCUUACAAGUGAAGACAGAGCUUUGGAAUCGUCCGUUGUCAGAGUUAUCAAUCCCUGUGAGAGAUGGGGAGGCAGUCAGGAGUUACAGGAGCUGUCAUCAUCCACCUCCCUGGUAGCGAGAGAGAUUCUUCAAGAGGCACCAGAGCUGCUCGUACAGCCACUGGCUCAUCUCCUCAGAGAAGCUUUGCUGUUUCAAUCUCUAAAGAAGUCUACCAAACACGGCAAGCUUACACCUGACCAUGAAGAGCUGAUCAGUGAACUGGAAAAGAAGUUAGAAGACCUGGGUAUACAAGACCGUGCCAUCAAUUUAAAAUCACCUAAGCUUGAAUCCCAAGGUACCAAUAUGGAGCAGGUGCUGCUAAAGGAAAUAAAAGAGCUGUCAGAUGGAGAUAUUAAAGUGGCAAUUAGCACUGUUUACAUGAACCUUGAGGACUACAAUAACCAUCCAAACCUUAUGGAGGAUUUGAAGGUGUUUUGUGAACAACAUGGCUAUGAAGGACUUAUUCUGGUUUCAUCUUCAUCACAAGAACCCUACCAGCGAUGUCAGCAAGUUGCUGUCUACUCUGGGAAUGUGGAGCUUCUCAAUCAGAUAUGCUGUGAACUGGAAGAAGCUCAGAAUUCAAACUUGGAUAUGGAGCCAAUCGACUGUCUGAUGGAUCAGAUUCAACUCUAUGAGCAAAGAAAUACUUCUGUUUAUAUUGAACAAAUUAUUGCACUGAUCAAAGAAGUUCUUGACAGGAGACAGCCAUUGUUUGUCCCUAACAGUAGAACAUCGUCAACUGAAGCUGUAGCAGGCAGUGCACCCCUUUCUCAGGGAUCAUCAGGGUUCACCGACAUGUACAGCUCGGAUGCUGAACCACAGUCCAUGUCUGUCCAUUUUAUUGAAAAUUCUCACGACUUAAAUGAAUCAGCACAACCCUAUGGUGUAGAUUUAGUAAGUCCCGAUAGUGGCUUGGCCACUAUCAGAAGCAGCCGUUCCUCUAAGGAGAGCUCAGUGUUUCUCAGUGACGAUAGUCCUGUUGGAGAAACUGGUGGUAUUCUUCAAAAUCCCAUCCUAGGUUUCCCCUGUACUAAUUCUGUAUCUGGAAGUAGAAAAACACAGGAGAACAAGUCUCAGAGUGCAAGCAAAAAUGAGAAUUUCGAUCUUUUCAGUUUUGAUCCCUUGCACAGCAGCAGCAUCUCACCAUCAGCAAAUGUCGCUGACUUCUCACUAGAUAGUAAUACACUAAUUUUUCACGAACCAUUAAACAUUCUUACAAACCCUCAGGCAGAUGGCAGACCAGCACAAAGAGUAGACGAUCAGAUCACUUCUACUUUUUCCGAAUGUGGAGACUUAAAUCAAGUAGAAUUCUACAAUGAAUUUGUUGAUGAACACUUGGAAAGCGAAGGUAACUAUUUACUGGGAGAUGGCUUUUCCACAACAUUUCAGGAGCAACUUAUAGGAGAUAUAUCUGAUUCAAAAAUUCCACCAACACCAAUGAACAGUCUUGUAGAAAGUUCACCUUUAGAUGAUGGACUUCCAAAGUUCUUUCCAGAAGAUGUUAUAGAGAAAAUAAAUGAAAUGGGAAACAAGAAUUGUGUGGCAUCAGGUUUAAGACAGUUUGACCAGUGGAACAACUUUGGACUAGAGGGUAGAGAAUCAACUUCUGAAAAUGUACAUGUUUGGGAUGUAGCAGAAAGAGGCUAUAUGGAUGAGGGAAGUUCAGAUACUGAUUUGGAGGACCAUGCUACACGAAAGUAUUUACACCAGUUAGAGCAGCUCAGAGGUAAAAAUGAAGAAGAUGAAUCCAAUCAGUCCAUUUCAAAGGACACUUAUCCAUGGAGCAGAUCUUUUAGUCAGGAGGUACCCAAAAGUUCUGAUCAAGAGGAUUUGGGCAAAUACAAUACUGAACAAGAUGGAUCUGCUUUUAUAAAGAUACUCGAAAACCCACCUGCUGUAGGAGGUGAAAAGAAUGAUAAUUUGUGUAAUUUAUCAGGUACAUUUAAUAGUGCAAAAAGUUUACCUCCAGUUGGUGGAGGAGCUGUAGAGGAUCCUUUUGAAAUACAUGGUUUGCCCCCAAAAAUUGUAGACCUAACACCUUAUAUGUCACCUUCAGAAAUCUUGACGACUAAAAACAAGGUCACAGAGAAAAUGGAUAACCAUGCUAGUACAAGCAUUGCUGACAUUUCCCCAUCUAUUGAUGUUACUGAUGCAUCCACAGUAAGUUCUAAGGAUGACAGCUUGUUUUAUAAUCAAAAUCUUGGUGAUAGUCAAGAGACAAUAGAUAUGGCAACCUCUGCCUUUAGUUUAGGUAUACACUCAUUAAUGUCUGAACCUCAUGCCAUCCAGGAAAUCAGUUCGGAAGAACCUGAUCUGAUACCUGCAGAUCAUGAUCAUGGAGAUAGAGGUGCCACACAGAGUGGACGAGAAAGCCCGGUUUUAUACAAGAACAGAGAAGCUGAGGCUGAAUUACUUUUCAAUGUUGGUGUCUUUGCUGAAGUUAAAGAUGUGCCUCCUCCAAAAGAUAAAAGCCCUACAGCUCUCCCUGAAAAUGAUAUUAUUUUUGAGGAUUCAACUAUGGAAAGGGCAACUUUUCAACUCCGGCUGUCAGAAAACAUUAAUGUUGGUGAUACAUACAUGUACAAAACCAGAAGCAAACCCUAUAUUUGGAAUCCAUUUCUUCAAGAGACUCAAAAUUGUGAAACAUAUGACAACUGGAACCCUAAUUUGUCAGUUUCUGAUUUAUGGAAUCCAGGCACGCUGGGCGAUAUUCAAUUAACACCAUCUGAAGAACAAAAUGCUUUUCAGUUACAGUCAUCAGAUUUUGUUAAAAUUGAAGAAAAAAUAGAAGAGGGGGUUGCACAAAUGCCAGAAGCUUCAGAAGAACUUUUUCAUCCAAAACAAGGAUCUUUAGAAUGUGAUAUGUGGAGUUUUCCUGUUAUGGAAAACUUCCACAAAAACUCUGGCUCUUACCCCGAUUCCCUUGAUGUGUGGAAUACAACUAUCAGGGAUGAUACCCAGUCUACCCGGACCAGUUCAGAGACAACUGAUUUCUCAGAGAGAUCUGAUACGUGCAAUGCUCUAGUUCAAGGAGACUCUUUGGAAAGCCCUGUUCAAGCAAUACAGGAAGGUAUGGAUAUGUGGAAUACCACUAUACAAGAUGAUACACAGUCAACUGCAAGCAGCCCUGACACAAAAGAUGAAUGUGAAAAUCUGGAACUAUGGAAAACAGCACUAGAGAAUGAUGUGGAAGCUCACAAACAGGAAACUGUCAAUGGAGGAUAUCUGAAGGAUUGUGAUAGCAGUCAUUCACUGAAUGAGAAUGAGGUUAACUGGAGUAUCACACUUACAAAUACAGAUGAGCAAAGUAAGCAAAAAUUUGGUGGAAGAGUAGACAGAAACAAUAUGUUUCAUUCAGAAGAUGAGAUUAUGAUGUCCAGUGAACCAUCCUUAAAGGAAACACAGUCUUUUGACCAAGACACUCCUGAGGUGAUUAAUACAUUUCCUAAUUUAGAAUCACUGACAUUAGAUACCGCUCUGGACCAGCCAAAUUCCAAGAGAGAAUAUAAUGAGAACUCUAUCCACUUAACUUCAGACCCAUUUCAAGUUUGUAAGGAUGUUGCACAACAUGAAGCUGUUGAUUACACCAAUGUUAAGGAAAUAAAAGCCAAUACUUUUGAUGUACAUUUGGAAAGCCAAAGUGAGAUUAAACAAAUGGAUAUAAAUUCAGAGAACACAUAUGAUCAUAUGAAACCUGAUAUUAUUGUUGAAAAUCAGCAAAGCUUCAGUCAACCAUCUUUGGAACCAGAUAUAUGUAGUAACUCCAUUAUGACAGCCAUUGUAAAAUCACAUAGCAAAACUGGAAAUCCAGAUGUUGUAAGUCAAUGUGAACUAGAUCAGAGUUCACAGACAUCACAGAGUCCUGAUGUGUGCCAAGAACCAAAUUUGGAGAGCUUAUUAGUGGAAGCCAGUACAGAGGAGUAUCCUUACUCAAGGAAGACUCUAAUUGAGACAAUGGGUAUUGUAGCAAAUGAUGAAUGGAAUUAUGGGGAAUUGAGUUCUGAGGUGAAACAGGACACAUUACACAUGAGUAAACAGAGGGAAAGUGAUGAACAGGUUAGCUGUAGGGAUGUGGAAUGUAUUAAAUCUUCACCAAGCGAAGCCUUUUCUACUUCCGGUGAGACAAACCAGCACAGCACAAAUUACAUCAGUGAAGAGGUAUGGCUGGAUUCUAACAGUGAAACUCAUCUGAAUUUACAGGCUACAGGAGGAUUUCCCACUUUCGAAAAUGCAGAUAAGUGUACAUCUUUUGUAUGUUCACCUGCAGAUUACUCGAGUGUUGAAACAACAGAAGAUGAAAUUACAAUAAUCCAAGAGUCUCCCCAGAAGAUGAAAAAUGAAUCAAAGGUUUUUUCAUUUGUUGAACAAGAAGAGCUCAGUGCUCAUAAGCUGAGCAGUAGCACAUAUUCUUCCAACACUAUUUUUGAUGAGUACAUCGAAGGAAAACUUUAUGAAUGUAAUGUGAUCUCAAAGGAUGUGUGUGACAUUUCCCUUGUGAACAUGUGUGAUACAGAAUCCAGUUUACAUUUGACACCAGAGCAUGAAUUACCAGUACAGUGUGGUUCAGUUACGUAUAACCAAGAAGAGAAUAAGUCUUAUACAAUGAAAAACAUUGAUAUUACGGAUAAUUUAUCUUCAGUGAAGGUGGCGAGUACUAAAACAGUAACACAAAAAGCAACAGGCAAAGGUCCACUUGCAAAAGAAUUUGUAAGUGACAAACAGGAAACCGAGAAAAGCAGUUUUCUGGAAUUAUGUUCUGAUACAAAAGUGUGUAUUAAUAAGACAGAUGUAAAAUCCAAUACAUCCACAGUGUCCUUCAUUGAGGAUGGCCAUAGUUCAGAAAACUUUAACUCUUUAAUCGUAAAUAGAGCUAGUCCUAAGCUACAGGCAGUUGUGAGCAGCGAGGAUAUUCAGUCCAGUUCAGAUGAAGAGUUGUUUGGAUUGGAAAUGGAUUACGUAAUGGUCUCGAGGAGAGAAAGUGAAAUGAUUGAAGAGGGCGCUGAAGGGAACAGUCAUUUACAUGGAGCCCUUGAAGGAAUAACUUCCCACUUGGAGUCAACAGAUUCAUCUGAACUGUCUAUUAGAAGCCCUUUUGAAGUAAAGCCAGAUACACAGGAUCCAAAGAGUAACAGCACUUUUUCUAGUGCCUCACUCUGUUUUUACACAACAGCAGAGCGAAAUUCUGUCAGGGCCAGAGACUCCCUAGAGGAAUCAAACAAAGCAGAACAAUCUCCCAAUGAGAUGCAUAAUUGGAUGUUAGUGGAUGGGAGUGAGAACACAGAGAGUUCUCCUGAGGAAAGUUCUAAUAUGACUGACACAGCUGGGACAGAUUCUGAGAGAUCUGCCAAAGAAAUUAUUUCCCCAUUUACUAUCAAUCCGGCUGAAGGAGCUGAAAGCUUCCCUUUACAUUUUAGCAGCUCACAAAAUUAUUCUCCAGACAAAGAAAGAGAUAUCUGUUGGAAGCAAGAUGAAGAGGUAAACCUAAGAACAGUGAACACUUUACUUAAACAGACUUCUCCCAUACAGACUGGCUUGACAGAGAACAAUAAAAAACAGUUCCUACAGACUGGCCAUGGGGAACAUCUGGCUGAACAGCCAAUAGAAGAAAUAGCAGAGGAAUUAACAGAACAGCAUUUCUCAGCUGACAGCAUGGGAUCAGUACCAGAGGAUGUGGGAAUGGACAUUUCUCAAGAAGAUGACAUGCUAAGUCCCGAUGGAUCUGACAACAGACCAGACCCCCCUAGUUCUCUGGACCUAAAUGGAGCCCAUCCACAAAGAAAAAAACUUGCAGCUCCUGAGAUCAACCUCUCUCUGGACCAGAGUGAGGGUUCCAUCCUAUCAGAUGACAACCUUGAUACCCCAGAUGACCUGGACAUUAAUGUAGACGAUCUUGACACUCCUGAUGAGGCAGAUUCUCUGGAGUACACAGGGCAUGGCACUGAACUAGAGUGGCAGGCAGAGCAGAAGGCUGCAGAAGUUUCUAAGGAAGAAGCAGAACCCAUCCCAGAAUACACUGCCGAAGAAGAACGUCAGGACGCAAGGCUGUGGAGAACAGUAGUUAUUGGAGAACAAGAGCACAGGAUUGAUAUGAAAUGCAUUGAGCCUUAUCAGAAAGUCAUUUCCCAUGGAGGAUACUACGGUGACGGUUUUAAUGCCAUCAUUGUGUUUGCUGCAUGCUUCCUGCCAGACAGUAGUCGAGCUGAUUAUCACUAUGUUAUGGAGAAUCUCUUUCUGUAUGUGAUUAGUACCCUGGAGCUCAUGGUGGCUGAAGACUACAUGAUAGUCUAUCUCAAUGGUGCAACACCUCGCAGAAAAAUGCCAGGGUUGGGCUGGAUGAAGAAGUGCUAUCAAAUGAUAGACAGGAGACUAAGGAAGAAUUUGAAACGCUUUAUUAUUGUCCACCCAUCUUGGUUCAUCAGAACUAUCCUGGCUGUCACAAGACCUUUUAUCAGUUCUAAAUUCAGCAGUAAGAUAAAGUAUGUCAAUAGUCUUGCUGAACUCGGUGAACUGAUCCCAAUGGAGUACGUCCACAUACCAGAGAGUAUCAUUAAGUAUGAAGACGAGAGGGGUAUAAAAAGAUAUACAUGUAUGAGACUGGAUGAAGAACUGAAGGAAGCAGCUGAAACCAAUAAAUAUAGCAGCUUUCUAAAUGGAUAUGAAUCAUCAUCUGUCCAACCGGACAUUGAUAAGAGGGUGAAUGAGAACAGUUCCUAAAGGAUUCAGAAAUCUUGGAAAACUGUAAGAUGUUUACUUGUACAGGGGAAUUUUGUCUUAAUUUCAAUUACUGUUUUAUUAUUGUAGAAGUUUUAAAUAGUAAUAAAAAGGGUUAACCAUAAACUAGUAGCAUAUAACAAUUCACAAUAAAAUAAUGUGCCGCAAAAUGAACUCUUAGCCUUUUGCGUUUCGAAUGAACUUGCCUUAUGAAGGUUUGGUAGCUCCAGUCAGUUUUAUGUCAUUUUCUUUUUGAAGAUAAAUCCUGUAAUUCUUGCUAUUUGUUUUGUGUAUUAAGUCUGAAUUAUAGGUUAGGCUUGUUUGUUGUUAGAAAGACCAUACAUCUUGGUUCAGUAAGUUAACCCUUUCUGUUAAACAUACAACUGGGGUAUAAUUCUGAAUGCUGUUUCUUAUAACUGCAGCCUUUAAAAUCAGUCAGAAAUGCUUCCUAAUGUAAAACGUAGAAGGAACACUUAUUAGCUCUUCAAUUUAAUUACUUUUUUUAAAUUUAUUAUUUUCCAGCAAAUAAAAAAUACAGGGUGAAGGAAACAACUCUCUCAAUUUUAUCUUCUAGUUUUUAUUUCUAAAGUGGGGGGGUGGGGGCAUUUUAUUUGCCAUAUGACUCACAAUCAUGAAAAGAAUGUGUUUCACAACUUAUAAAGCACAGAGUGACCAAAAGAAAAGAAAGCUGGUUCCUUAUUACUGCCUCAAAAUCUACAAUGCAUGGAAAUAUGUUGAAUUCCAAUCAACAUUAUCUUUAUUGUGUUUCUGAGUUCAUUUUUCCAAAUUUGACAAUUCAGGCAUUAUACAUGGCUUAAUUUUUUUCACUAAUGUGAGAACAUUCACCGUGAAGUCCUUCUUUCUUAACUGUUCAUGGAAUCCAAUUAUCUUAAACAACUUUAUCGCACCAGUUAUUAAACAUACAUAAACGUAAACCUGCAAAAGCAGCCUAUCUUUGAUUGCUCUUAAAACAUUAUUCAAAACUAUGUACAGUAGUUCUGUAGUAAGUAGCUUAGUCUCCAGAUGAUUAACGCAUUUCAAAAGCGACAACUUCCAAGAAUCAGACGCUUUGUGAUUGUUUGAGUAUUUUCGGUAGAAUAGAUUUGGCUUAACCCAUUUGGUUAAGAGAAAGCACCCUGAUCAAAAGAUGAGGAGACUCAAACCCCAUUUAGAAUAAGGAUUUAAUCAAAGGAUAGCUGCAACGUGGAGAUGGGGUGGAGGGUGGUUACUAGACAAAUGUGAAAAGAGUCGUUUGUGUUAAGGAUACAUUGCUAAUUUCAAUAAUGAUUAUGAUCAGGAACAGCUGGGUGUAGUUGACUUUUUGAUAACCGUUCCAAACUUCAGUUAAUGAUGCCCCUUUGAUGUACUGCUGGUGAUGUGACCUGAUGUUGAUUUUCAGCCAACAGACAUUACUUCAUUUAAAUGUGAAAUUAUUUUUAAAUUGUGAUCUUUGAAAUAUAGAAAUUGUAACAUUUGAGGAAGACUGGAUGCUAAGCCUAAAGAACUUAAUUUGGGGUGAUGUCAUUAUGUCAGCAUUUUGUUUUAUUUCAUUGAGUUUAAUAUUGAUUUUCUUUUUUUCCUGUAGUCUUUAUGUUGUGAAUCAGAAUAACAUGCAGAUUGUGAACCUAUUCAAUGUAGUACCUUACUCUUAUCAGACGAACUUUUCACUGGGAUAUCAAACCAUUAAUCAAAUUGAGAUUUGAACUAGAAUCUGACUCAAGAAAUCCUUCUAUAUCAUAACAAUCAACUCUGCCAACCUAUAAAAUAUAUGGGAUUGUAUACAGUUCAGCAAGUUACACAGAGAACCAAUUGAGUUAGCUAUAAUCGGACUUUAAUGUACAGUACUUAAGUAAUAGUAAGUUAUAUUCACCAAAGAAUUGGAGACAUUGUUUGAAAGCAAUAUGAAGAGCUUUGAGACAUUAUUUAUACAAAGAGCACACUUUCAGCUGUACAGCACAGUCUUAUCCCUUCAUUCUUUGGUAUUGUUUUGCCAAAUAGAGAAAGGUUUUGUUUCAGUAUAAUGCAAUAAAAUAAUAUUCAGUAACUAGAAGGAAUUGAAGAUUUUUCUUUGUGUUCUACUAGGUUAAAGGACUAUUUUAUAAUGUAUGGGAGGGGAGGGAGUCUACAGUGCAUGCUUGGUCAGACAUUUUAAGGAAUUCUAUCUUAUUGCUUCAGCUGCCCUAUAUAGCUGUCAUGAAUACUCAGGCAUUGUGCUUUCCUGCCCUUCCUUAAAUGAUUCUAGUUAUAUGAGGCAGUCAAAGAACAAAAGCAUAUCCUGAACACAAAAUAUUUGCAUACUGUAUGCUUCAGUGCCACUCUACCUGACUGUACUGUGUUAAUGUUUUCUGAUGUAAUGUUCUUCUGAAAAUCCAUGUGGAAAGUGAAUGAGAGGGUUUAAAUCACAUAACAUAGUCUAAAAGUAGAAAAGAUUCUUCUGAUCAGAACCUUCACUGAAAUAAAUUGUAGAAAUGUGCUGUAAAUUAUGUAAAAUGUUUGUUUAAACUAUUAAAAUGUAUUGUUACA